AUGGCUGAAUGCAAAUCAGUAGCCACUCCUUUGAUAGCAAAUGAGAAAUUGAAGAAGGAAGAUGGUGCAAAAGAAGCUGAUGCAGCAGCAUAUAGGAGCUUAAUUGGAAGUUUACUCUACUUGGCUGCCACUCGGCCUGACAUCAUGUAUGCAACCAGCCUCCUUUCAAGAUUCAUGCAAUGUCCUAGUCAAAUCCAUUUUGGAGCUACUAAAAGAGUGUUGAGAUACAUUCAAGGCACAAAGGAUUUUGGCAUUUGGUAUAAACCAAGUUCUCAUUCAACUUUGACUGGUUUUACUGAUAGUGAUUGGGCUGGUUCUAUGGAUGAUAUAAGAAGCACAUCCGAGUAUUGUUUUAAUCUUGGAAUUGGUGUGUUUCCAUGGGAAUCAAAGAAGCAAGGAUCUGUAGCACAAUCCACAGCUGAAGCAAAGUAUGUGGCUACUGCUGGAGCUACAAAUCAAGCUAUUUGGCUGAGUAAGAUUCUUGAAGAUAUGGGUGCAAAAAAGUAG